UCUGUCACUCAGAGCCAGACUACUGUUGCAUGGGACUCCUCACAGGAGAGACUGCAGAACCCGCUGAAUGAAGGAUAUUUGGCUGACACAGCAGAGGAAGAAAGACAGAGAUUCAAUCAGUUUCCUGUGCUACAUCUCCAAUAGAAAAUGAAUAACCUACUUGGGAAGCCCCUGAUGUCUGUCCGAUGCUGUGCUGGGAGAUUUGGAUCACUGGUUCCCCUUCUCCGAAAUCCACAUCGAGCGGCAUUGGAGUUGACAAGAGUUUGCCAUUUGAAUACAGGAAACACACUUCCAGAAAAAACCCAAUUUAUAAAAAAGAGGGGCUAUGACAUCACCAGGAACCCACAUCUCAACAAAGGAAUGGCCUUUACACUCGAAGAGAGGCUUCAGCUUGGAAUCCAUGGCCUCCUUCCUCCUUGUUACCUGAGUCAAGACGUGCAAGCCCUUCGUGUUUUGAAGAGCUAUGAGACGAAAUCCAGUGAUCUGGACAAGUAUAUUAUCCUGAUGACAUUACAAGACAGGAAUGAGAAACUCUUCUAUCGAGUCCUUACUUCUGACAUCGAGAGAUUUAUGCCCAUUGUAUAUACGCCUACAGUGGGCCUAGCUUGUCAACAGUACGGUUUAGCAUUCCGGAGACCGCGCGGUCUUUUUAUCACCAUUCACGACAAAGGUCAUAUCGCGACAAUGCUGAACUCCUGGCCUGAAGAAGAUAUCAAGGCGAUUGUGGUGACGGAUGGAGAACGCAUAUUGGGACUUGGUGACCUGGGAAGUUACGGCAUGGGGAUCCCUGUUGGAAAACUCGCACUCUAUACAGCUUGUGGAGGGGUUCACCCCCAGCAGUGUCUGCCUGUACUCCUCGAUGUGGGUACCGACAACGAGACUCUUCUAAAUGAUCCAUUGUAUAUUGGUUUGAAACACAAGCGAGUUCGUGGGAAGCAAUAUGAUGAAUUGAUUGAUGAAUUUAUGCAAGCAGUGACCAACAAAUAUGGGAUGAAUUGCUUGAUCCAGUUUGAAGACUUUGCCAACUCCAAUGCUUUCCGGCUGCUGAACAAAUAUCGCAAUAAGUAUUGUACAUUCAAUGAUGAUAUCCAAGGGACCGCAUCGGUAGCAGUUGCUGGGAUUUUGGCUGCUUUGCGUAUCACAAAUAACAAGCUUUCUGAUCAUAAAUUUGUAUUCCAAGGAGCUGGAGAGGCUGCCAUGGGAAUAGCGCAACUUAUCAUCAUGGCAAUGGAGAAAGAAGGCAUUUCUAGAGAGGAGGCAUUGAAGAAAAUCUGGAUGGUGGAUUCAAAGGGGCUUAUUGUAAAGGGACGUGGAAAUUUGAACCACGAGAAGGAAAUGUUUACUCAGGAUCACCCUCCGGUGAAAACCCUGGAGGAAGCAGUAAAAAUCCUGAAACCUACGGCGAUAAUAGGUGUUGCAGCCAUCGGCGGAGCUUUCACAGAAACAAUAUUGAAGGACAUGGCAGCUUUCAAUGAGCGUCCAAUUGUAUUUGCACUUAGCAAUCCAACCAGCAAGGCUGAAUGUACCGCCGAACAGUGCUAUAAGCUGACUGAGGGGCGCGGCAUAUUUGCCAGUGGAAGCCCGUUCUCCAAAGUGACUCUUCCAAAUGGUCAGACAUUCUAUCCAGGUCAAGGAAAUAACGCCUAUGUCUUUCCGGGAGUGGCAUUGGGAGUCAUCGCUUGUGGAGUCCGACACAUAUCUGAAGAUAUCUUCCUUGCAACAGCCGAGGCCAUUGCUGAGGAUGUCACAGCUGAAAAUCUAGCUGAAGGAAGGCUUUAUCCUCCCCUGAGCUCCAUCAGAGAAGUGUCCUUCAAAAUAGCCGUCAAAAUUGUUAACUAUGCCUACAGAAACAACUUGGCAUCUUGGUACCCUGAGCCUGAAGACAAGGAGUCCUUUGUCCAGUCUCUCAUUUACAGUCCUGACUACGACUCGUUUACGAUUGACAACUACCAGUGGCCCAAGCAAGCGAUGGAAAUUCAAGAUGUCUAGUUACAAACUGUUGAUUUUACGAUUGCACUGUUCUUGAAACACUCCAAGAGUCUGGGGGCUUCAUAUGGAAAUGUACAUAUCAACCUCCCCAAGAAAGCAUUCUGGCAGUAAAAAAAAACAAAAAAAAAACCUACAAACCAAGCUAAUGAAAUGUAAUACACCCAGCUCCCACAAACCAAACCACUACUAUAUACCCCAAGGGAAGGAGAACAGGUUCUAUCCCAUUUUAUCCAAACGGUAUUUAUUAAGAUGUACUUUUUUUUUUUUUUUUUUUUAAAUAAGACAUGAGCUGUUAUUGGUUCAAUUUGUUGUUUUAUUUGGAUUUUUUUUUUUUUUUUUUUUUUACCAGCAGCAGUGGGAUCUGUAUAUACAUCCAUCCUGUAGCUUUGUAAGACCCCAUUAGGCAGCCAAUAACUUUCCAACUAUGGUGGUUGGUGUAGUAAUUUUUAGGCUAUAGGCUGCUUAGCUGUAUGCUGAAGUCUGGACACCAACCAUUAGACACAAUGUUAAUUAUUAUCUAUGUGAUAAGUUUUGAUUCUCGGCACAUGGACUUCAUCUCACUAUAGGUGGCUUAUCAAUCUUCUAAGGUUCGAACUCCACAUUUAGCUCUUUUAGGCGAACGGAUACCUUUUUGAUUGCUAAUGUUCCCACCACAAAACCAUGUUUGUUUAGCUUUAAAUAUAGAAAUGAAACUCCUAGAAAAUGCAACUUAGCUUAAUAUUAAAAAUGUACGUAUAUGAGUGCAAAUUUACAAAAUGUACUUACAUUAACAUACAAUUAACCAUACCAGAAAUAACUUUUUUUUUUAAUAUGUUAGAAUGACCAGCAUACAUCAGGAACCACACAGAUGAUUUUAUUUUUUUCUAAACCAUAAUGAGUCUUCAAGAACACAAGCCAUGUAGACACAUGAAAGCAAUGAAACUGUACGUUUUGUCAAUUUUCUUAAAACAGCAGAUUAGUACAAUCUUGUGAUUUUACGGUUUCUUCUAAUGAUAUAUUUAGAGUUCGUGUCUGAUGGGCUUACAGAAAUGUGUGUGUAUCUUUCUCUGUGGAUUUCUACACUGUUCGUAUUACAGGGUUCAUUUCUGCUGGUUAUUCUGUGAUGCACUGACUCAUCUUAUUUGAAUGUUUUUCGGGGUGAGCAACCACUGCCCUCUCUUAAACCUGAUAUAUUUUAAUCAUACUUUGUACAAUCAUUGGAGAAUGUAAAAUUCUGCUCGUCAUACAUUAAACAAAAAAAGUGGCUUUGUUUA